AUGUCUUGCAGGACGCAGUUAAGUAAGAGUGGUGACUGUAGUGGCGGCACGAAACGGGUUCAAGCGACACGUGUAGAUCCAAAGGAUGUUAUUGAUAGCAUGUUGGAAAGUGCGGUGCAUGAAAUUGAGCUUGGUUUUAAUGUCAUGCGCUUUCUGUUGUUUGGAUUCUGGUAA